UAUUAACUUUUUUUUUCAGUUAAAAGCAUGAAAGGGACUCUUUCUGUUUUACAGCUCAUGAUGGAGUCUGCAAUUGAUGUCCUGAUGUCCAAGUUUAAGGUAUACGCUGGAGCUGAUGGUUCAUUUGAGACUCUGAGCAGAGAUGAGUUUGGAAAACUGGUGAAAUCAGAGCUGCCCAACUUUCUGCAGAAUGCGGGAGACUCUGUAGCCAUUGAUGAACUCAUGAGGUCAUUGGACAAGAACAACGAUGGAGAGCUGAGCUUCAUAGAGUUCUGGCAGCUGAUUGGACACCUUGCCAGAAAGCACGGAGGCUUCAACCAAUAGCGUGUCCUCAGAUGGCUCCAAGUGUUCCAGUUCUGUCAGCGUGCCAUCCUCGUUUCUGCUUUCACCCCCCCCCCCCCCCACACACAACCUGUUGACCAAAGUGUAACCCGUGCUACCACAGAAGCUGGUCGUGUGCAGCUGCAAUACGCGCGCGCGUAAAUCUAUAAUUAUGGAAUGGACCGGGAAUGCAUUGUCUCAGGCAAGAGUGUAAGCAGAUUCUGGCCCCUUUGAUUUCUGGAAAACGUACCUUCCCCCCGAGAUCACAAAACGUGUGACGUCAAAGAUGUCAGCUUGAAGUUUUCAGAUAAAAAAAAUAAAAAAACAAACUGACAUAAACUGCGUGCCCUGUGUUUACUGCUGUGUACAUACAUUUGUGCGAAUGUUUCGCUGUAUGUGUUGUUGGGAGUGGGUGGGGGGUCGAGGUCUUGUGCCCAUCUGAUUGAUGGGAGGGGGGGAUUCCAGAAUUCCUGUAAGGGAAAUGUGCAAAAUCUUCAAGAGAACAAGGCGAAGUUUCCAGGAAGAAAGGGGUUGAGAUCUGCUGCGCAACGCUUCCCACAUUCCUCCUCUCCCAGGCACACGCCCUUUGAAAACUCAAGAAAAAAAAAAAACUGGAGUGCAACAUAUCUGCGCAUGUUUAAUCUAGCGUGAAACUGGUGAGGAAGAUCUCCAAGAGAGAAGAGCAGUCUUAUUGACGCCUGCAUUAGAUAUGGACUCAGCCGUCAAGACCGUUGUGACCACCUUUCUUGGUUCCUCGAGGGGGGGGGAGAGCUUGAACAACCAAUCGUUUCAAAAGUUGAUACAGAAAAACCUCAGCAGCAUCAUGGAGGAUACCGACAGUCAAUCUGCCAUUAAAGAGAUGCAGCAGGGGCUGGAUAACAACAGUGAUGGAAAGGUCAGCUUCCAGGAAUACCUCAAAUUGAUUGGCUACUUGGCUAACUCCCUGAGUCAGAAGAAGUGUGAGGGCAACGCAGAUUCAUCAUAGGAGCCUCCUUCUCCAUUUUGAAGCAUUCCAGCCAACAUGUACUCCUGUUUCCACCAUAAUAAUGUUUCUGUUGCUCUGAUUAAACAUCUCAGUGUGCCUUAGUCAACUCUUUUCCAUCUCUUGUAUACUGCUCUGAGCUGGUUAUUUCUCAUACACCAACAAAACAUGAUUUUAUACAAUAAAAGCUUUCAACUGAA